AGAGAGAGAGAGAGAUUGUGUGUCCUGGCAAGUUUCAAGAGUGAGAAAGAGACAGAGCAGGAAAGGUCUCUUACGUGUUUUUCGUGCACGACUGAGGCAGAAGGCGCUGAAAGAGGUGUGAGUUCACUUGUUGGUGCCAUUUUUAAGAUCUGUUGAUACUGGCUGCAAGAAUUUGAUAUCUGUCACACAAGGACGACACCAGAGCACAUGCAGUCUCAGCAACAUGCACAAGUGGCAGGCGAUCCAGAUGGCUCCCGGAUUCUCUUCUCCGGGGAGUCCAGAGGUUCUUCAGGCCAGCAGAUACUAACAUCUCCAGAGCUGACCCAAGAGGUGGUCAUCUCCCCUGGUCUGCCUACUCCUCCUCUGAGUCCUUUUCACUCAGCAAGGCUGCCAUCUGCAGACGCCAAGGUGUCUGAGGUAAAUGGAAGUGGACCAACAAGUCUUAGCUUUGGAUCAUAUUAUGGCCCAGCACAAGUGCAUGGAGGCAUGUCCAACGGUGUUCAGAGUUCUGCCACUCUGCCACGCAGCUGGACUCCCACCAGGGAGGAGAGGCUUAUCAAGUUCUCAGGAAUUGGCCCGGUGGAUGAGACAGGGAUGCCCAUCGCCUCUAGAUCAAGUGUGAAUAAACCCAGAGACUGGUACAAGAGCAUGUUCAGACAGAUUCACAAGAAGCCAGAGGAACUGGAGGAUUUAUCAGAACGAUGGUCUUCUCAAAAGACCCAGUUAUCUGCUGAGACGGAGACAAAUAAUGAAGCUGACAAGAAUCUUUUUACACUAACGCCUUAUGGAUCCCUACCAGAUUGGAGUGAGGAUGUAGAUAAGCUGUCAGACCCGGGAAAGCAGCAACCUCAGCCCAAGAGCAUAUACGACUUUGAGCCUGGAAAGACCACGACUUCGGAAAGGCACAGCCAGGCUCAUCUUUUCCCCAAGAAAGAACCUGAGAAACCCAAGUCUCCAUCAAUCGAGGCCAGUCUGGUCUCUGAGCUGAGUCGGUUUGAGGCUGAGCUGGACUCGGAGAUCCAGGGCCUGGAGAGGAGACUUUCCCAGAAGAAGCAGCAGCAGCAGCGUCGAGGCUGGGGUGAGGAGGCUAAAGGCAGAGAUCUGGCAACAGCUGCAAACACUGGGACUACAAGCCACAGCAGUUCAUCAGCAUCGAAGCAGCCUGUCCAUCGAUCUGCAGCCACAUCUGCCUCAGCCUCUGCUCCCACAUAUGUAGAACGACUGUCCCCUGCAAAUGAAAUCAUGGCGCUUCCACCAAAGAAAGAAGAGAAGAAGAUGAAAGCAGCACGAGCCAAGUUCAAUUUCCAGGCUCAGUCGCCCAAGGAGCUCACCCUGCAAAAAGGGGACAUUGUUUACAUCCACAGGCAGAUCGACGCCAACUGGUUUGAAGGAGAGCAUCAUGGAAGAGCUGGCAUUUUCCCCACAACCUAUGUGGAGAUUCUUUCUCCUACAGAGAAGCCAACACCUAUAAAGUCUCCCACAUUACAGGUGUUGGAUUAUGGGGAAGCUGUGGCUCUGUAUAACUUCAACGCAGACCUACCUGUGGAACUGUCUUUUCGCAAAGGUGAGGUGAUUAGUAUAACCAGAUGUGUUGACGAUAAGUGGUUGGAGGGAAGGAUCUCAGGAACCAGCCGGAGCGGUAUCUUCCCUGCCAACUACGUCCAGGUCAACAAGAUGCCCCGCACUAAAUACUCCACUGACGACUUCUCAUCAGGCCCCUUGUCUCCCACCUCCCCUGGACCCCAGAGUCCAGGACGUCCACUCCACUCACCCUGCCCACAGUCACCACUGUCCCCGUUCACUUCCACCUCCCCCAGCCCAAAAUCUGAGCACUCCCCCCUCAAGUCAUCCUCACCGGUCACUUCACAGACACGCUCCCCCACCCUGACACCUGUAUCUAAAGAAACAGCCUAUCGGUGGCCUCACAGCAGCUACAAAACUGCUUCACCAACCAGCCAGAACAGCCAGUGGGGUGGCACACAUUCACUUAACCAGAGUUCAGCGGCUAGAGCUGUUUCACCUUCCACUCAGUCGUCAGUGCACAGAGCAGGAGCUCCCACAGCGAACACUCCCAGAUACACUGACCCCUCACAGGGUGCAACAAUAAACCAAGGUGCUCCAUCAAAUCUUCACAGCAACUCAAUACCACAAGUGCCAAACAACUUUGGUUCCACGGUGGUACAACGCCAACCAUAUAAAGCUGUUUACAACUACAAGCCCCAGAAUUCAGACGAGUUGGAGCUCAGAGAAGGAGACAUUAUACAAGUGAUGGAGAAAUGUGAUGAUGGCUGGUUUGUAGGUACGUCAGAGCGGACUCAUGCUUUUGGGACAUUUCCAGGAAACUAUGUUGCACCGGUUUAACUGCUUCACUUACUGCUUGCCCACAUCCAUCUGGACUCUUAAGAGCCAUAUUAGUCACUCCAGUGGAUUCUGCUUUGAUACCCCUUUCCCCCUCCACUCCUCAUCCUGACUUGCAUGCUGCGUUUCCCAGAACAGAGGUGACUGCAGGGGCACUGUGUGGUUUUUCAUCUCACCUUCAUAUAAAAUGCAUGUGUGUGUGUUGCACUGACAUUUUGGAGUGUUGCUGCACACACCAUUUGAGAGGAAAGAAUGAAUUCUAAUGGUACUGUUUCAGAUGCAAAGAAUGGACCGUUUUGUUCCACAACUAUUUGCAGCUGCAGGAAAUUUACAUUCCUUCCAACUGAACAGCACUGUUUCCUCUAAGGUCCCGAUACUGUGUGAUGCUGCAUUCAGCUGUUUUGUCACCACAGUGCCAUCACAAACCACUGCUGAGUUUUUUAAGAAGGCUUGCAUAUUUUUCUUGCAUUUCAACGGGUAACUAAUGUCUCCAUCAAAUAUCUUCCAAUACUUCCUUUUAGAUCUCUGAGAAUACCCUGGGCAAGUUUGGGGAAACAGGAAUGAUGAGCUGUGCUUUAAAAGAAGUAAGAAUCAGAAAUGUCAAGAUACGUUUACAGCCUUCCACAAGGCUAAGCCGAACAAAUAAAGCAUAUGCAUGUAUUGAUUGUAUUGAUUAUUAAUUGCUGAUUAUCAUACAAUAUUUGGCAUUUUAUUAUUUUAUAAAGUGUGUCCCUCUUGUGGGGUGGACUAUUAAGGGCGUAGUGGGAGAUAAAUAAGAUCAUGCUCUGUGCUGUAAUAGAACUUCCUUUACUCAAAAGCUGUGUUUCCAAACUUUGGGCCAGAUAUUUUUAGUAGCUCCAAGUGCAAUCUAAAUCGACAAAAAAUAAAUAAAUAAAUAAAUAAAAAAAAUGGGUGAAUGGUCUUUUUAAGCAUUUGAAGUAACACUGUAUGUGCCAAAUCUAAUCUUUCAUGAUAUGUGUAACUCUCCACAAAUCAUUCCCUCCCUGCUUUUUUAAGCCACUGCUGCUUUUACAUUUCCUGUCUAUUAGCAUUUCCACUUUGACAGUAUUCAGAAAAAUCACCUGUGUUUUCAUUGCCAGCACAACCUCUAACAAGUGUGACCUUUCAAAGCCUUUAUUAUAAGAAAUCCCUUAGUUACUUGUAUUUUGAUAUGAUACAGUACAUUCAUAAUUUCACUGUAAAAAUGAAACAUUUGUUGCAAAGUUGAUACAGAGGAUGAUUGUACAGACUGUAACCUUUUAUCAAGUUGAAAGUAUAAUAUAUAUUUGCUUAUAAAACAAUGUAUCUCAAAUGUAUGGUACGCAUUUUUAAGCAAUUAAACAAUACAGAGUGAUACUGAAAA